UCGACUCGUCGCAGUUGUGUUUCGCGUCUUCGAACGUUCAGUUGAGUCUUUAAAAGCUCCGAGCUUGCUUCCCCACAAGCCAGAAAAGCUCCUACCUAGCCCAGCUUACACACAGACAGGCGCGCGCCAAGUUACAAACCGUUUUUUUUCUCUGCUGUCGCUCCCUCUGCGAUUUGCCGUUACACGGAGUGUCAAACUCAAACGUUUUUUUUUUGUUCAAGUGCCUUUGGUUGAUUGAUUGUUCUGUGGCCGCUGCAGUUGGGUGCUUUCAGAGCGCAUCCCCAAACGAGUGGAGUGUCCGUACCGCCAGGAAAGCACACUUCUUGACAAUGAGAAGCUACAGGAACAUCAUGCUGCUGCUGCUGGUGGCCAGCGCCGCAAUCGUCUCGCUGGACGCCAAGACCGUGUUCAGGCGCACCGACAAGAUCUCCGAGAACUUCAAGCAGCUGGAUCUGCCGCCCGAGGAGAUUGACCCAAAUGUGGCACCCCCAGAAUCGGAACCACCCAAGGCGGAUGAUGUCGAGGAUGCUGCCGAUGAAAUCGCCGCCGCCUCCACCUCGCUAGUUGAUGAGAGCGCCAAUGAGAUCUCCAGCGGGGAUGUGGAAGCUUUGCCAGCCGAAGCUGCCAAUGCGGUUGUGGAUGCGGUUGCAGCUCCUGCACCCGCUGCCGCCGCCGCCGCCGCUGCUGCUCCCGCCGCUGCUGUUCCCGCCGUUGUGACCACAGUGGCACCCAAGGUGACCACGGUGAAGCCAGUCACGGAGGACAAGAACCCAAUCAAUCGGUACUGCAAGUGCUCAGAGACCCACUGCGACUGCUGCCGCAAGAUUGGCUUGCCACUGCUGCCCAGCGGCCAGGGCUGCGCCAAGAUCGCCUAUCUGGGCAACGACGAGAUGAGCGUCUCCCUGAAGUACGGCGACAUCACCCUCGCCUCGCGUCGCAUCUCCAGCAAGAAGGCGCGCCCCAUCUGCGUGGGCCUGCCCGGCGGCUACAAUCAGUUCUGCGGCCGCGUCUAUGGUCUGGGCCGGGCUAAGGACAACUUCAAGGCCUGCCUGGCCUUUGAGCUGCGUGCGGACGAUGAGGUGGAGGCACAGCUGCGCGUUUCCUGCUUUAAGUUCGGCAAGGACGGACUCCGGGUGGCCGAGGCUGAGCCCCUGCCUGCCAAACCCAGUGGCGACGAUGACGACGACGACGAUGACGACAUCUUUGGCUUUGCCGCUGGUGGUGACGAUGACGAGGACGAGGAGGAUGACUACGACGCCGACACCGAUACAGAGGCGGACACGGACGAUGAUGACGAUACCGAGGACUACACCGAGGACGAUGAUGCUGAGGCGCCCGAGGAAGCGGACUACGGCGGCUUCAGUCUGGCCGGUCUCCUGGACGAGCUGGACGACGACGACGAUGACAAGCCCGUGAAGAAGCCAGCGGCAGCUGCUGCGGCAGCCAUCACCCCGGCUGCUGAUGAGACGCGUGAGGCGCAGACAACCACCGAUCUGGUACAGAGCAAGGACGAGGCAGGCGCUACCGCUGCGGCCCCCUCGCCGGCAGCCGCGGCAGAGGAUGCUGUGGAGGAGGUCGUUGCCGCAGUAACGCCCGCGCCAGCCGACACCACCGCCGACUCCACAACGGCCAAGGCGAAGAAGUCGAAGAAGGCGAAAAAGAACAAGAAGAAGAAGGCUGUGUCCGCAGGGGCCAGCGAGGAGUCCGGCUUUGCCUACGAACUGCUCAACGGCAUCCUCGACUUCUUCAACUGAGCACAACUGGGGCCGGCGGGAGGACACUGUAAAUACCUUGUACCCUCGGAUCCGGAACUGGGACUGGUACCAGAGCU